AUGGAAGAAAGGAAAAAAAGAAAAGACGAUAAGAAGAAAAAGGAAGCCGCUUUGAAGAAGGCAAUUGAACAAAAAAACAAAGUGCCAGAACCAACCAAGACCAGUCAAAGCCAGCCUCAGCCUGCCAACCCCAACAGCGGCACUUCCACAACUACCAGCAACAGUAGCAAUGCCAAGCGUGUCCCAGCCAACACUCAGCAGCAAGCCUUGUCUCGUUAUCCACCUCGUGAAGUACCGCCGCGUUUUCGACACCAGGAACAAAAGCAACUGCUGAAAAGAGGCCAGCAACUACCGUCAGCUGGGACCGCAUCACCAGUACUCAGUAAUUUGUCUGGAGGCAGUGCUGUUACUCCACAUCCAGUAACCAACGGGCAGCUGCAAAACAGCAGCAAAACUCAGACAGGCAUGCCUCCCAUUCGGGAUUUGGUCAGCCACUCCCCUAACCAGUCAGAUUUAAACCACAGUGGUUUGGGAUCGCAUUAUGAAAACUCUCACUGGGGACCCGUCUCUACCAAUGGUGACUCUUCUUCAAAUUGGGAUAAAGUUAUUGUAGACGGGUCUGACAAAGAAGCCUGGCCUUCAAUCACUGGCAGUGACCCAGAGUUGGCUUCAGAAUGUAUGGACGUUGACUCUGCUUCAAGCUCUGGGUCAGAGAAGAACCUCAAUAUCAUGGCUUCGGGGAGCACAGAUGGUGAUAGCAACAGAACAAGCAGUGGAAAUGGUUCUUCAAGUCAGUUUGUAGUUGGAAAUGUCGGCAAUAAUGUAGGAAAUGGAAGUAUUAAUGGGCCUUGGGGAGGACCUCGAGGCCCUUUGUCAAGCACAUGUCAGGUUUCAUCAGAAAACGGAGAUGGCAAACCAGAAAAUGACCAUGGUAAACUGAAUGCUUGGGGCAGCAUAGGUUCCACAUCAACUACCAACCUGGGCGGUUGGCCUGUUUUAGAAAAUGAUGGAAAUGCUGUGCAAGGACCUAUGCCAGGUAGCAAUUCUGGCAACAAUGUUCAACGUAGCACUGUAGGUCAAAUCCUAAAUAAUCAGAGUGUUAAUAUGGAACUGUCAGUUCAUGGUUCUUGGGAAGGUAUGCAGGAGAAUUCAGAUGUAGAAGUUAAUGGUACAAGGAACAUUUCAUUCAGUGGUCAACCUCAAAAUCUUAACACUGAAAUGAAUGGACCAAAUAACACUACUAACCCUUUGACCUCUAGCUUACCAAACUCUACUAGUUCGAUGCAGACAAGUGAACUGCCUAAACUUACAGGGCCUGGGGCCUGGGGUGUACCCUUAGGAAUGAGCACAGUAAACCCAUCUCAGCUUCAGGCCACUUCAAUUACAAAUGGCACUUCCGUUUCUAAACCAGGCAAUGGAGGAAUUGGCGAAGGAAUGAACAGUGGGUCUAAUGGUACUACUUGGGGUACAUCUGGCACUAACUACUCUGGAGAAAAAUGUCCAGGCUUGAGCAGUAAUUUGGGACAAACUUGUGGCGACACUGUGAAUGCAACUGUAGCACAAUCUGCUGUCAAUGGAUCUGGGAGUACUGUCUACAGAAGUAAUGGUGGAAGCAAUCGAGGGGGAGUUGCUUGGGAAUCUGGUGUGGUCAACACCCAUAAUAUGAGUUGGGGGGCAGGGAAUAAUACAGGCUCCGGGGGGACUAGAAGAGUCUGGGGAAACUUGGCACCAAACGCGAACACUGGCACUAAUAUCUCAAAUGGGGAAUGGAGCAAACUGCCUAACAAUCAGCAUUCCAAUAAUGGUCUAAAUGGAAGUUGUAACAGGAAGGGAACAAAUGGAUGGAAAAGUCUAGAUGAUGCUCUUUGUGGUCAAAAUCAGAAUUCUACGUGUCAGCCAAGUGAACAGAACAAUAUGUGGGUUAGAACUCCAUCAACGUCAGGUACAGCGGACAGUGAAGGGAGCACAGAGAGCACAGGGAGUCGACAUGAUAGAAUGAGUGUGGGAAGUGGUGAUGGCAAUAGCAGACGUGGUGAAAAAAGGAAACCUGAUCAACCUGGAAUGGUCCAAAGUAUUCUGACUAGAACUGACUUGGACCCACGUGUCCUUUCCAAUACAGGUUGGGGGCAGACUCCAAUCAAACAAAACACUGCCUGGGAUAUUGAACCUUCAGCAAAGAGUGAGAAAAAAACUGACAAUGGAACAGAAGCCUGGGGAGGUUGUGUUUCUCAAACUUCUAACUCAGGGGGGUGGGGGGAUGGGCCUGGCCCUAUCAGUAAUGAUACCUCAUCAGUAUCUGGAUGGGGCGAUCCAAAGUCUGCUACAGUCUCUUGCAACACAGGGUGGGGAGACACCAAAGGCUCGAGCAGCCAAGGGGGUUGGGAGAAUAAUUCUGCUGCUACAGGAUUGGUUAAGAGUAAUCAAACGUGGGGAGGUAAUAAAGAAGACAAGUCAGCUGCAUGGAAUGAUGCACAAAAGGUCAAGCAAGGAUGGGUUGAUGGGCAGAAAUCAAACCAAGGCUGGGGAAUUUCUGGAGUUGAUGGAUGGGGAGAAAAUUCAAGGAAUGGCCAGUGGGCGGAUUCCCAGAAGAGUAAUUCAGCCAACUGGGACAAUGAUGGUGAUAGAUCUGGGAGACCAGGCACAGGCCGAAGCACUUGGGCAAGUAGCAACAGUUCAAACCCCAAUGGUACUUCAGGCUGGGGUGAGCCUGCCAAACCGAAUAGCUCUGCAGACUGGACUAAGCAGCAGGACAGUAAUGGCUCUUGGGGAGCUGCACCACCACCUAAUAAAUCCUCUGGCUCUGGCUGGCUCAAUGGCCCAAUGCCAGCUCCGUCAAAAGAGGAAGAACCUACGGGCUGGGAGGAACCUUCUCCAGAGUCUAUUCGCCGCAAAAUGGAAAUUGACGAUGGCACCGCUGCCUGGGGUGACCCGAGCAAGUAUAACUACAAAGGUGUGAAUAUGUGGAACAAAAACACACACAGUAGUGGCAACAACUCCGAGCAGCCAGCGCAGGUUCAGCCCCCGCCAGCACUGCAGCAGACGCCGCCACAACAGUUGCCACAGCAAAUGCCACCGCCAAGUGCCAUGCAAAACAAAGAAAACAGUGGCUCUGGUUGGGGAGACCCUUGCAAUGUUCAGACAAACUCUGAAUCCUCUUGGGGAGAGCCACCAGCUCUAACUGCAACAGUGGACAAUGGAACCGCAGCCUGGGGUCAACCCAUGGAUACAGGAACCAGCUGGAGAGAGCCAGUUAAUGACAAUGCUGGUACCUCUGGAUGGGGUAACACCCCAGCUGCCCCACCACCUCCAAAUAGACCUGUGCCCAAACCUAUGCAAGAUGGCUGGGGUGAUGAGGAAGCAUCAUUGCCAGGAACUCGUCACUCUAGCUGGGAGGAAGAAGAAGGAGAGUCUGUGAUGUGGAACAGCAACAUCUCACAGGAUAACACCACCUCUUCAAACUGGACAUCAAAAAAGAUGGCUCAAAAGGGCAUGAUGAAAGGAGGAAGCAAACAAGAUGAUAUGUGGAUGAAUCAAUUAAUGAAGCAAUUCUCUAACAUUGGAUUUCCUAGGGAGUCUGCAGAAGAAACCAAGAGCAAUAAGACAGACAUACCUGUUGGUAUGUUAAGAGAUAAAAGAAUGGAAAUGGACAAGCACAGCAUGAACAUUGGUGAAUACAAUGGCAUUAUAGGCAAAGGACAUGCUUCUCGUCCUCAGAUUUCCAAAGAGUCUUCCAUGGAACGCAAUCCUUACUAUGAUAAGCUGUCUUUGUCUCUGUCCAAUCAAGAUGGCAUUAUAGCAGAAGAGCCCCAAAACAUAUCGUACAUGUCCACACCAAGCGUGAAGCUUCCCCCUUCAAACAGUGCACUACCUAAUCAGGCCUUUGGCUCAAUGGGGCUGGGCAUUCAAAACUUGAAUUCUGUUAGACAGAAUGGCAAUCCUAACAUAUUUGGCGGCAGCAAUGCAGCAGCACAAGCCAGGGGCAUGCAACAGCCUCCAGCACAACCUCUUAACUCAUCUCAGCCUAAUCUCCGCGCUCAAGUGCCUCCUCCAUUAUUAUCCCCUCAGGUUCCAGCAUCAUUACUGAAGUAUGCAACAGCUAAUGGGAGCCUAAACACUGCACUAUUAAAUUUUGGCCCCCAGCAGGUAGCCAUGCUGAACCAGCUCUCACAGUUGAACCAGCUGUCUCAACUUUCACAGAUCUCCCAGCUACAGCGACUGCUGCUUCAGCAACAGAAGGCACAGAAUCAGAGGAACGUGCCUGGACCCAUGCGUCAGUCUCAAGAACAGGCUGCUCGUGUGCUCAACAUGCAACAGAUGCUGCAACACCCCCGUCAACUGGAAACAAGCCUUCUGAAGCAGCAGCCUCCGCCGCAGCAUCAGCCCUCCAUGAAGCCCUUCCCGGAGAACCUCAUGCCCCCCACCCCUCACGAGCUGCAAACGAAAGAGCCGUCUUCGCUCAACUCAUACAGCAGCUACCCUUUAGGUGGGUUUCCACAACCCAGUCAAUCUGAUCCGGCAGUGUCACAAGCUGCUCACCUUUCCCCGAUGCCCUCUCAGUAUCCUAUACCCAAAAUGUUUCUUCCUGACAACAGUCCUAACCACAACCUCCUCAGCCCUCCACUGUGUAAUGCAAACAACCACAUACCAAGCUCACCCAUCCAUCAACAUGCAGGAAGGAAGCCUGCCACUCAAGAAAGGUCUUUGUCAAGAGGCUUGAAUCCAAACUUGAAUGUACCCCUGGAUUUCGGCAGUAUUGUUAACCUGAAAGAGCCGCAAUCCCAACAAUCCCGACUGAAGCAAUGGACUGCCUCGGAGAACCUUCCUGUUAAUUCCUCUCUAGAUCAAAACUCCAGCAAACAUGGUGCUACUUCAAGUGGUCUUAGUAUUUGUUCUGGCAAGUUGCUUGAAGAAUCUCCUUUUGGUCACUUUGACAUUUCCAUGAACUCUCUGGCCAGUCCUCCUGGAUCUAUUGGAGAUGGCUGGCCAAGUGCCAAAUCACCCAGUGAUAAGCUCUCUAGCAAUGUUAAUUGGCCGCCAGAGUUUCGUCCUGGUGAGCCUUGGAAAGGUUAUCAAAACAUUGACCCAGAAACUGACCCUUACGUCACUCCUGGCAGUGUGAUGACAAGUCUAUCAAUCUCUACUGCCCGGGAUCUUGACCUCCUCAGGGACAGGAACAAUGGGUCGUCCUCAUCUAUGAACACCACGCUGCCUUCAACUAGUGCCUGGUCCCUUGUUGGUGCCUCCAGCUACAAUAGUUCCCUUAGCAGUACAGCACAAAGCACUCCAGCCAGAAUUGGUGACCCCAAAUCCACUUGGUCUCCUGGUCCAGUUACCAACGCUUCCCUUGCUCAUGAGCUGUGGAAAGUCCCCCUGCCACCCAAAAACACUACUGCUCCAUCCCGUCCACCACCAGGGUUGACCAAUCAGAAGCCUUCGUCCUCGUGGGGAAAUAGCUCGCUGCGUGUGGGUGGAGGAUGGGGGACUUCAGAGUCCAGAUACAAUCCUGGUAAGAGGGUGUGGGGCAUAGCGUUUCUCUUCCACUGCAGUAAGUGA